GCGGCAGCAGCGAUCCCAGCCAUGAUCCCUUCUGUCGCUGAUGAUGACGAGGAUGAAGCUCCGUGUUUCUGAAUGAAUCCACAGCCAGGGCUCCGCUGCUGCACGGCUGCUGGACGGAUGCAUCGCUUCCUGCCUUCCUUCCUUCCCUUCUUCUUCUUCUUCUUCUUCCUGUUGUUGAUCGCACACUCAGAUGCGCGGGAUGCCCGUGAUUAUGGACGUGGUGUGUUUUCUGUGGAUGCUGCCGUCGGUGUGGGCUGUGGAAGAAGUUCUGAUGGAUUCAACGACAGCAACAGCAGAACUGGGCUGGACCAUCAACCCGUCACAAGGGUGGGAAGAAGUGAGUGGCUAUGAUGAACACAUGAAUACCAUUCGAACGUACCAGGUCUGCAAUGUUUUUGACAACAGCCAGAACAACUGGAUCCGGACCCGGUUCAUCCAGCGCCGCGGCGCUCAGCGCAUCCACGUCCAGAUGAAGUUCUCAGUGCGGGACUGCAGCUCCAUUCCCAACGUUCCCGGCUCCUGCAAGGAGACCUUCAACCUUUACUACUACGAGUCGGACUCCGACGUGGCCAGCAAAUCUUUCCCGCCCUGGAUGGAGAACCCCUGGGUGAAGGUGGACACGAUAGCAGCCGAUGAAAGUUUCUCCCAGGUGGAGCUGGGAGGACGCAUAAUGAAGAUCAACAGCGAAGUUCGAAGUUUCGGACCGGUUUCUCGUAAGGGAUUCUACUUGGCUUUCCAGGAUUACGGCGCCUGCAUGUCCAUCAUCGCCGUCAAGGUGUACUACAGGAAAUGUCCGCGGGUGAUCCAGAACGGGGCGGUGUUCCCUGAGACUCUGUCCGGAGCGGAGAGCACCUCUCUGGUGGCUGCCAGGGGAGUGUGCGUCCCCAACGGGGAGGAGGUGGACGUUCCCAUCAAGCUGUACUGCAACGGGGACGGGGAGUGGAUGGUUCCCAUCGGCCGCUGCAUGUGUAAGGCCGGCCACGAGGCGCUGGAGAACGGCACACUUUGCCAAGCUUGUGUGUCGGGUUUCUUCAAAGCUGCACAGGGAGAUGAGAAAUGCCUGCAGUGUCCCAUAAACAGCCGAACCAUCAGCGACGGAGCAACCAACUGCAUCUGUCGUAACGGCUACUACCGCGCUGACGCCGAUCCUCCCCGGAUGCCGUGCACCACUGUUCCUUCAGCGCCACAGCGGGUCAUCUCCAUGGUGAACGAAACGUCUGUGAGGCUGGAGUGGAGCCCGCCGCUGGAGAGCGGAGGCCGGGAGGACGUGGUCUACAACAUCAUCUGUAAGAGCUGCGACAGCCGGCGGGGCAGCUGCACCCGCUGCGGAGACAACGUCCAGUUUGUCCCGCGGCAGCUCGGCCUGACGGACACCGGCGUCCGCAUCAGCGACCUGCUGGCUCACACCCAGUACACCUUUGAGAUCCAAGCUGUGAACGGAGUGUCUGACCAGAGUCCGUAUUCGCCACAGUACACGUCCGCCAACAUCACCACCAACCAGGCCGCACCAUCUGCAGUGUCCAUCAUCCACCAAGUUAGCAGAACUCCCAACAGCAUCACCCUGUCCUGGUCUCAGCCCGAUCAGCCUAACGGUGUUAUCCUGGACUAUGAACUCCAGUAUUAUGAGAAGAACUUGGCCGAAGGGAACUCCUCUCUGAUAAGGAGUCAGACCAACACAGCAGUCAUACGGGCCUUAAAGCCUGGAACCAUCUACGUCUUCCAGGUCCGAGCUCGAACUGUCGCUGGAUUUGGAAGCUUCAGCGGCAAAAUGUACUUCCAAACCAUUACUAUGGAAGAGUAUAACUCCAGUAUCCAGGAGAAGCUUCCUCUCAUCAUCGGUUCGUCUGCAGCAGGAGUCGUCUUUAUCAUCGCCAUGACUGUUGUCAUAAUCGUCUGUCGCAGGAGGAGUACAGACAGACCAGAAUCAGAAUACUCCGACAAACUCCAACAUUACACCAGCGGCCACAUUUCCCCAGGAGUGAAAAUCUACAUUGAUCCCUUCACAUACGAAGAUCCCAAUGAAGCUGUGAGAGAGUUUGCCAAAGAGAUCGACAUUUCCUGCGUCAAGAUAGAGCAGGUCAUUGGUGCAGGUGAGUUUGGGGAGGUAUGCAGUGGAAACCUGCGGCAGCCUGGGAAAAGAGAGAUGCUGGUGGCCAUCAAGACGCUGAAGGCGGGCUACACUGAGCGCCAGAGGCGGGACUUCCUGAGUGAGGCAUCCAUCAUGGGCCAGUUUGACCAUCCGAACAUCAUCCAUCUGGAGGGGGUGGUGACCAAGAGCAGCCCAGUGAUGAUCAUCACAGAGUUCAUGGAGAACGGAUCCCUGGACUCCUUUCUUAGGCAAAACGAUGGGCAGUUCACUGUGAUCCAGCUGGUGGGGAUGCUGCGCGGCAUCGCAGCAGGAAUGAAAUACCUUUGUGAGAUGAACUACGUUCAUCGAGACCUGGCUGCCAGGAACAUCCUGGUGAACAGCAACCUGGUGUGCAAAGUGUCCGACUUUGGCCUUUCGCGUUUCCUGGAGGACGACACGUCCGACCCGACAUACACCAGCUCUUUGGGAGGGAAGAUUCCCAUCCGGUGGACGGCGCCGGAGGCCAUUCAGUACAGGAAGUUCACCUCCUCCAGUGACUGCUGGAGCUACGGCAUAGUCAUGUGGGAGGUGAUGUCCUACGGUGAACGGCCGUACUGGGACAUGAGCAACCAAGAUGUGAUCAAUGCCAUAGAGCAGGACUACAGGCUGCCGGCUCCGAUGGACUGUCCGAGCGCGCUGCACCAGCUGAUGCUUGACUGCUGGCAGAAAGAUCGCAACAAUCGGCCCAAAUUCAGUCAGAUCGUCGGCACACUUGACAAGAUGAUCCGCAACCCCAACACCCUCAAGACCACGACGCCGCUGUCGUCAUGUGUUCACUUAGCCCUGCUGGACCGCAGCGCCCCGGACUUCUCCUCCUUCAGCACGGUGGAUGAGUGGCUGGAGGCCAUCAAGAUGGGCCAGUACCAGGAGAACUUUGCCAACGAAGGCUUCAGCAGCUUCGACGUGGUUUCCCAGAUGACCAUGGAGGACAUCGUCAGGAUAGGCGUGACGCUGGCCGGCCACCAGAAGAAGAUCCUGAACAGCAUCCAGGCUAUGAGGGCGCAGAUGAACCAGAUUACCUCAGUGGAGGUGUGAUUCCACGGACCCGUCCGCUCGGGCUCUGCUCACCGCAGGAGGCCAGCGUCCUCCCGAACUUCAGAGGAGAGCCAACAGCAUCCAUCCAAACUGUGACCUCACCGUUCCUCCCUACAGACUCCACCCGUUCGGGUCCGUCGCUCGGCAGCGCAGAGACGUCGGCUUGUUGUUGUGGCAGCUGCUGCGUUCAGGUAACGGUGCAUUCAGGGGCUUCGAGUUGCAGUCGACCUGCAGCCGUUUGAGAUGAUACGCUCUGUUUCCACUCAACACCUCCACCACCAAGUUCCUCUACUGAGCAACAAGAAAGUCCGUCCAACGUGACCUGGCAGUUCCAGUUUAAGGUUGACUUGAUCUCAUCAGACCUCACAUGUGGUGCUUUUGGUGUCAGGCGGACUUCGAGGCCUUAAACAUCACAGACAAUCAGCUGAAGGGAACAUCUGGACUGACUGACAUCUGUCUCUUCACUCCUCCGGCUCUCUUUUCUACUCGUUUCACCAAUCAGAUUUCCUGACUCUUGGUUUGGCAUUGUGGAUGAGGGCAGUUUUCAGUGUUUGAGACGUUAUUUAUUUUAAUAUUUAAAGGGGCAGUACUAUGUAAAAUCUCUCUUUUUUUAACUUUUACAUCAUGUGAUAAUGUUAUUCCUUCAUCAAAAACAAACCUGGAGUGUUGAUUUGAUUCUGUCAUACAUGUUUGAGAAAUCCUUUAAUCUCCAUGGCAACCACUCAGCUGUGCAAAACACGUGGGUAGAACUAGCCCUGCCUAUAAGGCAUAGCUCCUCCCCUUUCAGAUCCUACAGACUAGCCAGUAGCAAUUAGCAAACACCUGGUGGAACAACUGAGCUCAUUAUAGGAGCUACUUCCCAGAGCAACGCUGUUAAAAACGUUAAGGGGUUAACAGAGGAGCCAUGUUGGGAUUACUUCCUGGAUUCUGAGCUUCAGAAAGGAGUUCUUAAAGAGACACAGGCCCAAUUUCAAGGCAUUAAGCUGAGAAGUCAAAUUUCUUUUUUUUAAGUUAUAUUUGAUAUAUAGCAUUUUAAGAUCAAUUGAGGUUAACUUGGUUAGUAGUUUAUGCUAUAAAAUGGCACUUUGUGCCUGGAAAACACAUGGUACUUCCCCUUUAAUAGGUGAAUCUUAAAUCCUGCAGGAACAUAUAAAUAAUUUAAACUCUUAGGACUCUUGUUUGCCUGUAUGAGCCACAGGAAAACAAAACAGUUUUAUCUAAAAACACUUCAAACUUCAGUACUUCUUUGCUGUUUAUUUCCUUUUUUAUCUUCUUCCAACCAAAACUCUUCCUGGUUCAACUGACUGAGUUUAAAUCAAAUGAAUUUAGACGCCUGCAGGUUUUAAUGUUUUAUUUACUCUGCUGAUUCCUAAUUACACACAACUCACAACAGAGAAGUUCACUUCAGGCCUCCUGGGACUUAUUCCAUUAAUUUGAGUAAAAACAGUCGUAUUUAUAUCCAUUCACAUGAAGCUCUAAAAAACAGAUUUAAAGGUUUGAUAAUUUAAAGGUUUCUGUGAGGCAGCGCGUCUGCAGCCUGAACUGUUUUAAUUAUCAAGUAAACGUCUUAUUUUCUAUUUUCAUGGCUGUCGUUCCCAAUUAAUUUUUUUUCUUCUAGCACUUUUUUUUACCAUUGAUUUUUAUUUAUUUAUGUUUUUUAAUUACACAAAUAAGUAAAGUCAUAAUAAUAUGAGAACAAGUCAUAAUUUUAUGAGAAAUCCUGCAUGAAACUGCUUCAAAAUUAGGAAUGUUGAAGAAGUUAUACUUGGUAUUCCUGUUACAAAUACCGAAAUACUUAAUAUUUUAAAACACUAGAGUGAAACUAUCAUGACUUUCAAACGAUUGUUUAAACGUCUGAGUCCAUUUUAAAGAAAGAACCACGCGGAUUAACUGAACCGUUUGUGUCAGUUUUGAUACUCCAGAAGCUUUUUUUCUCAUUAAAACAUCUUUCUUCUGGUGCUAUUAUUUUUCUGUGCUAAUAUUCUAGUAAGAUCCUGUGCUAGCCCUAGUGCUACGUUGCACUUGUUUUACUGGCCUCUGCUGCCCUCUAGUGUCUGGAGGAUCGUUUAAUCAGUCAAGCAUGAAAAAGACAAAGUUAAAGUCCUCCUACCUGAUGCCUGCCAACAAAAUCUGAAAAUAAAAAUAGAUUUCAGUUACAUUUCAGAAAUUUUCCAAGUAAAACAUUUAAAUCAUUACAUUUAUGCAUUUUUUGCAGCACUAGAUGAAUAUUUGAAUUGUAAAGGUUGCAGACCCCAGGUCUAAGGAAACCAUUGAUUGGCUGCAGUCCUUGAUCCUGAGCAAACACAGGGCAGCAGUGGUGAGUAGGUGCAGAUUUUUAGUUUUCUUGCCACCCCUGAUCUGAUGGCACCCUGGACACAGAGCCGUAUCACCCAUGUCUAGAAGUGCCACCGCCUCAUUCAUAGAAACUGGGAGCCGGUUCCACAGGAGAAGCUCCACCUUUAACCACCUGAGAAAGUCCAGGAGUCACCAGGAAACCUGCAGAUGUUUGACAUGACCUGGAGUUUGGUCAUUCAGGGCUUUUUGUGUAAGAAGAAGAAGAAUAUCUGUUUCUUACCUCUCAUCAAACGCAUGUUCUGGUUUUUGUGGAUCACUCUUAUCAUUUGGUAAAAAUGGUGUAGAAAAGAUAAAAGUGGUCGUGGAAACCGUUUUAAUGUGAAGGUUAUUCAGUCUGAUGGGUUAAAAUGAAUCUGCACAUGCAGAACGUGGUUCUGCAGGAGCCGGCCUCCAUCCACGUUUCAAAUUUACAUGUUUUUUCUAGAAAAUUUUUGAGAAUAAUCAGAAUUUUGUUUCUCAUAAAUGUUUUGCUUUUGUAGCUCAGUAUUUAAAUAAUAAUGCAUAUCUGAGGUCUAGAAGUCAAAUUUUUUUCUAGAAAGUUUCUGAUGUUAAUAUGAAAGUUUCAGAUUUUUUUUGUGGAAAUUAAUUUCUUUUUUUAAAUCUGCUAUAGCACUAGUACAGCAUCAUAGAAAAACCUGCCGUCCUUGGUCAUUUGAGCCAAAACUGCUAACAAAAAUAUUCUUACAUAUCUCCCUGAUGUUGUGAAAACACGAACACAAAGCUCUCUUUCCAAACAGGAAACAUGCAGCUAAUGCCUGAUUGAUGAGAACGAUAAGCUUUUGUUGAAAAGGAACAAACUUUACAUUAAAAUGACUGAGUUUUGCAUUUAUACCUCACAGAACUGAAAUGAUUUUCCUGGUUCAUGUAACAUGUUAUCAAAUCUCUUUUUGUCUCAGAUGUUUAGAAUGUUAAACCUCUUCCUCCUGUUGAAUUUGCACAAAUGUAUGUAAGAACAAUCCUGUCAAAAAAACAAAAGCAUGCAUUUUCUGUUCAGGAGCAGAAAUUCUUAUUUUUACACUCAGAAACUUUGCUGCUCUCGCUCAAAACUUUGAAGUUUCUUAAAACAAAUCCUGAUUUCCUGCAAACACACUGAGAAGCAUUGAAUCUCUCAGAAUGCAAAAUUCACUUCAUCUGGAGUGAACUUUGAAAACUAGCAUAACAAUACAAAUAGGUCACAACCACAUGUUUUUAUUCUAUUAGCUGAAAGUUUGACAGGCUAAGCAUAGAAAAACAAUCAAGGAUGAUUUCCUAAAGAGAAGCUUUCUUCUGUCCAUCCAUUUGAAGGAAAGAAACAUUUGAUCCAAACUUUCAAUCAGACUGUUGAGUGAGAGCAGCUCAAACCUUCCUCACUGCAGUGUCAAGAUACGACGCUCUCUUUUGUGUUUUGACUGAAACAUUCCUCUGUACAAUCACAUUUAUCUGCUCAUAUGUGAGGUUGUGUGUGAUCUGUGUUCUUGUUGUAAAUGCCUUUGUAAAUUAUGAGAAUGUGAUUCUUUCUUUUGUGGUUCUGUGUUUUUGCCCACUGGAACGACCCGAUCCACUUAUUUUCUAGCAGAUUUGAAAGUCUGACCUGAAGUCAUCGGUUUCUAAAUCUCAUUGUUUUCCUUGUAUAAUAACUUCUGUCUCUGUUUGACGAUGAUCUGUGUGUUAAGGACGCAGCGAGUUCUCUGUGGUUCUGCCUGAGCAAACUGUUAGGGAACGUUCUUCCAGAGCUCUUAUUUUGAAAAUCUCCAAGCAGAGUUCAGAUGUUUUUAACUUUUAAUUUUAAAAAUGGGCAGAUUUUUCUGAAAAGGUAUUUUCUCAUGCAGCAUUGUGUGUGUCAGAAACAAAGUCCCUGUAUGUGUUAUACAGCUGCACACAAACUCACUGUAAUGUACUGAACACACGCCGACUCUGCACACACUCCUGGCGUAAUGGAUCACACAGACUGAUGUAUUUUAAUAGGGUGUGUUUUUGCUGUGAAAUCUAGUUCUUUCAAUCUGUGUUUUUGCAACGUAUGGUUCCACUUUUUACUUUUUGUUUGUCUGUUAGUUGUGGUUCUUCCAAGUCUAUCAUAGAAAUGCAGGUUUUUAAUCUUUUUGUCAUUAUUAAAUUUCUGCACUCCUUUAGUUUAUUACAUGCGUUGAAGGAAAUAAUCAUUAGCCUGGACACAGAUUUGAUAUUUACAUUUAUUUAUAUCAUUGUUUUUCUUCUCUUUUUUUUGUUAUUGUUGAACUGAUGUUAUUCUAACCUGAAGUUAGUCGUCAUUGUGUUCCUGGAUCCUUCACAGACAUAAAAACAGAAACAACCUCACUUAAAUUUGGCUUCUGUUUGUGAAGAGAAAGUAAUCUCUUGUGUGUGUGUGUGUGUGCGUGUUUAUUUAUAGCAGAAAAAAGCCUGAUUCUUUGAUUCCAGAUCUGCAGUAAACGAGCUCCACAUGUUCAGAUGAUAGAUAUGAAAGCAAAGUAAAAUUUCCAUGUUUAUCAUCAUUUCUUUAUUUUUGUUUUCUCAGAGACUGUGAGACAUUCAAGUGGAUAAAAAGAGCAACCUAUAAAGCUACUUUUCUAAAAUGUGUUCCAGUUUUUAUUCGGCCAUUUUUAGAUUUGAUCAAAUAUCACACUUUGGGUCAUUUAAAAUCAUCAGGGGAGAUUUCGCAAAUUUUUCAUUUGUCUCUUCAGCAUUUUUGCCAACUUUGAAAACAUUUAGCACACUUAGCUUCCCCUAAAUUAAUUUAUUCACAUUAACACUAAAGUGCUAAUUUACUCAGUUGUUUUGUACAUUUUUCAGUUGAGUAAAGAGUAAGUGCUUAGUAUCACGAUCACAGUUAGGAUUAGUUUUGGUGGACAGAAUUAUUUUUUAUUGUUGCUUUAAAGACGCAGCCAAGCAGCGGAUUGAUGUCCAGCUCAGAAACCAGGUUUUAAAAAAUAAAAUUAGGGAUUUUAUUAUAUUCCAUUGAAUUAUGCUACUUAUACUGAGCUCAAUUAUUUAGAUGUACACCAACAUUUUACAUAUAUCCUUUAAAUAUGUCCUUUUCUUUAAGGUUAAUAAAUAUAUCCUGUCUAUGGGCUUUUUGUUUUGUUUUUUCUUUGUGGCAAAAAGACAAAAAAAAAAUGCAAAAAAAAAAAUGCUGCAACUUAAGAGCUAGAUGUUAUUUUUACUGUAGUUGAUUUUUACAGAAGUAUUUAGACCAGAUUUUACUUAAGCCUUUACUUUUAUUAAGUUAAUUUUCUUUAGCUGUCAAGCUCUUUUUUUAAAUAUCCACCUCUGCCUCACUCUCUGAAAAAGUGUCGCCACAUCAUUUUCAUUAAGCCCUGAGAAACAUCCACUUAAAAAAAAAUAGACAAAAAACAGAAAUAAUCGAAUGGUUUUUAGGAUCAGACACAACAGAGCAUUUUUCUUGCUUUCUUCGUAAAAUCAACAAGGUUGUAUUAAACUUUAAGGCCUUAGCUGCUCCCUUUACAGCACAGUUUUACUUUUUGCAGAAUAUUUUUCCCGGGACUCUUUUGGUCCAAAGCAUGUGGAUGAUGGACCACAUGGUGUCACCAGAAGCCAAACGAUCCUAUCACUGUGACCUCACUUCUACCUUUCUUCUUCUUCUUCUUUUUCUUAUAUUGUAUAAAUGUACAUUUGAUGGCACUCCUGUGAAUGAGGAAUUGAUUUUAAGUGUUUGUAAUACUGGUUUCAUUUUGUAAAAAAAACAAAGAAAAGAUCAAAUAAAGGAAA